AUGCUUGCAAAAUUGUUUCUGAAAUAUUUUCAGAUUGCUCAUCUUCUACAGUACACCUUCUCUCAACAAACACUAUCUGGAAAAUCUCUUGUCAAUCAUGUGAACACCAUUCAAACGUUAUGGAAAGCUGAAUAUUUCGAAAUCUCAGAAGAGGAGAUGAAAUUCAAGGUGAUGGAUUCCAAAUUCGCCUUUCCAGAAGAGCAAAUAUCUUCUGAACCCAAUAAUUCUCUUCCUGGAUCCUUGUCAAGAGCCCCAACAAGUUUCGAUGCUCGCGAUUAUUGGCCAAACUGUAAAUCUAUAAAAAUGAUUCGCGAUCAGGCAUAUUGUGGAUCUUGUUGGGCGUUUGGGGCAGCUGAAGUGAUAUCCGAUCGUAUUUGUAUUCAAUCAAAUGGAACUGAUCAACCCAUAAUCUCUCCAGAAGAUAUCCUAACGUGUUGUACGAAUUCUCAUGGAUGCCAAGGAGGAUUUGUUUUGGAAGCAAUGAAGUUCUGGAAAUCAAAGGGGGUGGUAACAGGAGGAGAUUUUCAAGGCGAUGGGUGUAUUCCAUAUUCUUAUGGUUCUUGUUCAGACUGUCACACAGCACAGACAACGCCGAAAUGUAAAAAUGAGUGUCAAGUGAAAUAUACAAAGAAUGAGUAUAAAGAAGAUAAGUAUUAUGGAUCUUCCGCUUACCGCCUCUCCACAUCUAACGCUGUCCGUACAAUCCAAAGUGAAAUUCUUAGAAAUGGUCCCGUCGAAGCAACUUACCAAGUUUACGAAGACUUCUACUAUUACAAAUCUGGGGUUUAUGAAUACAUAUCUGGAAGACAUAUGGGUGGACAUGCUGUAAAAAUCAUUGGAUGGGGUGUCGAGGAAAACGUGAACUAUUGGUUGAUUGCAAAUUCAUGGGGUACCGGUUUCGGAGAAAAUGGAUUCUUCAAAAUGCGACGAGGCAACAACGAGUGUGGAAUUGAGAAUUAUGUGGUGGCGGGGAUGGCGAAAAGUGGGAGGAGUGUUUUGGAUUUUGGAGUUUUUGUAUUUUUAAGAACCCCACGACGUCGUCUCCCAAAAAAAUAUAAAUACAUUUUUCUCGCAUUGGCAGUUCUACUGGGCCUUGGUGUUGUCGCAGGGGCACUGACAGAAUUGAUUUUCUACUUUAUUGAGGAUCAAGUGGAACCUUCUACACGCACACAAACUUCUCUAGUUACACUUCCACCUGAAAAGUGUCAAAAACGAGUCGUUGGCUACUUCAAUGGUUGGGAAUCUCGAGAAAUCUCCCUUUCGCAAUUAUUCAAGCUCAGCCAUGUGAUUUAUUGUUGUCUGGGUUUCGAUGCAAAUCAAACUCAUUUUUUGGACACUAUCAUUAGCAAACGAAGAUUUUCCGAUGUUCGAAAUCAUGCUAGAGCAUCAAAUACCGGUGUUAAAGUGAUGGCUGGCAUUGGAGGUACCCAUUAUUCCCAAUAUUUUCCACAAGUGGCUGCAGAGAAUAGAGAAUUUUUUGUCAAUUCUACUAUCAGUCUUAUCAAAGAUUAUCAGAUCGACGGAGUGGAUCUUUACUGGCACGAGCCUGAUAGCUAUGGAGGCGACAAGGAGAACUAUGUCUUGCUGGUUAGAGACCUUCGGCUCAAACUCACGGAGCUUCAAAACUCUCAAAACAGAACGACACCUUAUCUUCUUACCGUGCUGACACCUAGCUUUGGUUGGUACCUGGAAGAUGGCGUGGACCUUUCGGGACUCUCAGAAUACGUGGAUUUCUUCAAUGUAGCUUCAGAUGAUUACACUGAUUCUUCAAGUGAAGCACUGGGAGCAUACACCAAACCCCAUGCUCCGUUGUACUAUGGAAGUGCGGACAAGCCGAAACAAAACGUUGAUUGGACCAUGAGAUACUACACUUGUGACACUAAACAACCGGAGAAAGUCAAUAUGGGACUACCGUUUUUUGGAAGAUACUGGAAAAAUGUGCUAGAUCCGAUUGCUAAAAAUAAUGAGGUUUGGAGAAGAGUGGAAACGGCUGAUGGUGUAGUUGAGAAAGGAUUGGUCUUAUGGAAAAAUGUGGUAAGAGAUGGAUGGAACAUUUCGAAUAUAAAAUGGGACCAGAAAUCCAAAAGUUCUUAUAUCUGGGACCCAGAGAACAAGUGGUUCUUGGGAAUUGACGAUGAGCGAUGUCUCAAGACAAAAAUGAACUACGUGAGGGACAAGAAUCUGGGAGGAGUCAUGAUUUGGUCCAUCGAUAUGGAUGAUUACUCGGAGACUCUUCUGAAUGCAGUGGCUUCUGUGAAUAUGUGCAGUGAGGUCAAAUAUGAUAAGAAGCUCAAGUAUAAUUGUUAA